UUCCCUUCAGGAAGUGACGUCACGUCGCCAAUGGCGGCUCGCAGUUUCAUUCCGGAUUUCCAGUGGACUACAAACUGAUUUUAGCCCCACAAGUUGGACUCUGUGGAAGUUAUUUUUUUUACAACGACUUCGGACACCGCGCACAGCCAAGCCGAACCGAGCUAGAGGUGGAAUACAAAGCGCCCGGCGGUCGAUCGACUUAUUUUGGAGCCGGGUUCAAGGUGGUCACCCUGUCGAACGAGCUAGCGAGAGCUAACGCCACUUAGCUCAACGAGGUCCAAAACAUUAGCAGACCUCAGUGCGAUCGUGUUCGCCUGCUAUGCCAUUCGGCUCCAUUUAAGGCUAAUCGUGCCACAAGCGUGCAAAUCGAAGUAUUCACGCCUCUGCCAGGAAAUUGCUCGAUUGGCGGCUAAUGCCGACCGUCAGCCGCAGUUCUUCCGCCGACUGCUGACUUGUCGUGGCCCGUCAACAUGCUGAAGACCCGCCAGUGUUUACUCGGCAUCCGCACUUUUCUCGGCGUCACGUCCAGAAUAUGGGGCUUCUUCAUGUACAUCCUUAGGAAGCACCUGCGAACGAUCAUCCAGUAUCAGACUGUGCGAUACGACACUUUGCCUCUGUCGCCGAUCUCCCGAAACAGACUAAAUGGGGUCAAGAGGAAGAUUCUGGUGCUGGACCUAGACGAGACCCUUAUCCACUCUCACCACGACGGGGUCUUGAGGCCCACGGUGAGGCCAGGAACACCGCCUGACUUCAUCCUCAAAGUCGUCAUUGACAAGCACCCGGUGCGAUUCUUCGUACAUAAAAGGCCACAUGUGGACUUCUUUUUAGAGGUGGUGAGCCAGUGGUACGAGCUGGUGGUGUUCACAGCCAGCAUGGAGAUCUACGGCUCAGCAGUGGCCGACAAGUUGGACAACAAUAGGAACAUUCUCAGACGCAGAUAUUACAGACAGCAUUGUACAUUGGAUUUAGGUUUUUAUAUCAAAGAUCUGUCGGUCGUACACGACGAUCUGUCCAGUAUUGUCAUCCUUGACAAUUCCCCCGGUGCUUAUCGAAGCCAUCCAGAUAAUGCAAUACCUAUCAAGUCCUGGUUCAGUGACCCCAGUGACACCGCACUUCUUAACUUGCUGCCUAUGCUGGAUGCGUUAAGGUUCACCGCCGAUGUUCGCUCCGUCCUCAGUCGAAACCUCCACCAGCAUCGGCAUUGGUGAUUGGCCGAAUGAGAGAUUCGGUCAAAAGACGACCCACCGGCGCCCCCUCGUCGGAGGGGAGGGUUGGGAUGAACACUUUGGGUGCCAGAUUUUUAGCCCCGCUGCAAUUUUAGUUCUAUAUUUGAGCCCUUGCCCUGACAAAGAAAUGGAUCAUCUCAGACAACUUUCUCAACUUUUUUUUCUGUCCCUCGCUGAUGAUGCAAUGAAAAGGAUUCGCAUAUUCAACAAUACCAAGACACGUUUUCACGAUUCACUGAUCAAAUAUGCUUUUGGUCCCCUUUUUCCCCCCCCAAAAGGAUACAAACAAUGUUUUUUUUUUGCUUCCAAGACAUCGUUCAUCCUCGGAUAUUGUUUUGUGGGUUUUUAAAUAGGACUGAAAAUCCUCAGAUUAAAACAUGGCUUGUAUCCAUUCUA